AGAAGCAAAGACAACAACAAAAAGGCAAAACAUAGAGCAGUGCUCAUCGAGUUUUUAUGAGUCAUAUUUCUUGCUCAUUCACUAGCAGCACGCAGUUUGGAACAGUCGCAACGUUUCGGGAAGAGAUUUCGGGCUUUUUGGCGUAGGAGUAGGAGGAAAAUGUCUGCCAAAGUGUGAAAAUUGGUUUUUCAUUUUUGUGUUUUAUGAGAUGAAAAUGUGAAGAGAUCGUAGUUUAAGGAUUUCCUAGGUGAUUCCGGGAACGACGGAACCGGAAUGCAGCAUCCCAAGGUGGACGUCAAGCUGUUCCUGUGGGGUCUCUUUUUGCUGCAGAUUUUCCUGAUAUCGGUAUUUCUGGCGUUUGGAUCGCUGCUGGCCAGUAACAUCCACCAGGAUGACCUGACGACGGCCGGGGGUUCGACCCAGGCUGUCUCGGGGAAGGCGAAAUCGCCCUGGUUCAAUGUGAAAUUCAUCCUUGAACCGACCAGCGAUGGGGCCGAGCUGGUCACGACGGUCAGACCCCCAGGGCCAGGAGGAACGCGGAUGAGACAUCCCCGGUUCAGGCCACUGCAGCUGAAGGCCGUCCCCAAACCGGACAACUACACCAAAUACUACAGGUGGAUCUACUACCACGACGGCUACCGGGAGCAGCGGCGGCUAUGCUUCAUCGAGGGAACCCACUUCCCGGUGGCCGCCAAACCCGCCACCAAACCACAACCACCAACAACCACAACCAAUGAGACUGAUGUUGACGCAGGAGGAGCAGGAGAAGAGUUAGCUGUAGGCGAGAGACGAAUGGAAGAGAGCGAGGAUGAGGACAACGAAGUCAACCCGGACGGGCGGUGCCGGUGCAAAGCCGAGUGGCACGGGCCGGACUGCGGCCAGCCGGAGGUGCUGUGGCGGGCGUUUAUUGCGUCGCGGAUCCCACCGAGGAACCAGACGGCCGCCCCGAGGAAGAUCCCGAAGGGGGUGUUUUACGUGAUCGAUACGACAUUCAUCAGCGUGGAAGUGCUGGAGAUGCAGAUGAUGGAGCUGGUCGACGUGGUGAGCAUGUUUGUGCUGUGUGAUAGACAGUUGGGGGAGGGAGGUGCGGUGGGGGGCAUGAAGAAGGACGCGUACUCGAUCGGGGAUCACCUGAAGAGUACGGACUUUUUGCGGGAGAACUUGGCUCGGAUAUUGCUGGUUGAAGACGUGACCUGCAGCGGGCGGAACGUGCUGCGGAAGAUGCGGAAGUUCAUCGGCAGGGGUGAUCUGCACGGUGAGGAUGUGUUGUUGUACAGCCGGACGGACGAGAUUCUGAACCGACGGGCGGUGAACUACUUCCGGUGGUACGACAACUGGCCGCAGCCGGUUCGCUUCCGGCUCAAGUACAACGUGUUUGGGUUCUUCUGGCAGCAUCCGGCCAGCACGCUCAUCGGAGGUGCGGCCUGUCAAUUAAGCACGGUGGAUGAAGUGUACCGGUCCGAUCCGGAGCGGCUGCUGCGGAUCGAAAAGCCGGUCAUGCUCAUCGGUGAUCUGAACCAUUACGGGGGCUGGUACUGUCGGCACUGCUACCAACCGAUAGACAUAGUGAAAUAUUUAGAAUUCAUAGCAUUAGUCAAUACUACGGAGUCUUCGCCGUCGGCGGUUCUUCCCGAUCCCAAAAAGGCCACCGUCAUGGACGCCGAGUACGUGCAGAACCUGAUUGCCAGCGGGCGAUACUUUGGCGACGAGGCGCUCACGCUGAGCAAGCUGCAGCGCCACGUGGACAAGUACUACGCGCCGGAAUACGUGCGGAAGAACAGCUGGCGGUUCGACAACGUCGUCAUCAACCUGUUUGCCCGCUGGGAGGACAGCGUCAUCGAUGAUGAGUACUUUAGCUAGGCAUACGUACCAAGUACGGCAACAAAUUCUUUGAUGAUUGACGGAAUCGCAUUUUCUGGAAUCGAAUCUCACUAAAAGUUGCAUUUUAGCGAGUAAUCAAAUUUAAGUUCAAAUCUUCAGAUUGCGCGACAGCUGUAAUUUGUACAUAUAAUUUAUAUCAUUCGUGUCCGCUUGUCUGUGCUUGAAGCUCUAGGAUUUUUUUUUGCUCCAAAAAGACUUCAAAAGUUAGGUUAUAUUCUUUCUACUCAAACUACUAGAUUUGAGUGUGUUCACAUUGUUAACAAACAUUGGUCGCCUGAUAAAAAUGACAGCACAUUUAGCGACUUUCGACGUUUUAUCUGCGAAUAUAUUAGAUCGAAUUUUUCCCAAAAAUUUACACUUAUUCAUUGAGUUUUCGUUUUAUCAAAAUCGGCCAGACCUACUGCGUUGUGUUUACCGCAGAGAGGAUUCUGAGAACGGAUCACAUUUCACAGAAUCUACAGAGGAGGCAGGAUGCGUGGACAUACCGUACCAAACGCUCCGGUAAAUAUGUUUUUCCUUUUCAGAGAUAGAAACAUGAUGAGAGAUGAAAAUUCCAGGAAAUGUGAUUUCAUAACAAAAUGUAAACUCACACACCAUCCAAACCCUAGCACACACUCACACACACACAUAAUCAAGUCAGCAAUCGAUAUACAAACAACUUCCUACGAAUCAUCAUAAUCAUACGCGCAGCGCCAUACAAAACUACAUUCUUCAUCUAGCAUAAACAAGUAAAAAAACAACAAGAGAAAGGAAAAAAAAGCCAACUCUGUACGAUAAUCUCAAAAUAAAAACUCUAGAAAUCUAACUCUCUCCUAAAAAACAAAGAAAUAAACCGAAAGCGAGCUUGGGAAAAUGCGUGUUGUGCAAGCAAAGUUUGGCUAGGAAAGGAUUAACCAAAAUUACCAGAAGAGAAGCAAACCCCGAUUAGAUAGUGAACGAAAACGACAUUUUUGCCUGAACGUAACUUUUUUCUAUGAAUGUAAAGUUUGCUUGUUUUUUUCAAUCGCUCUCUCUAUCAGAUUCAACGACUAUUUUUAGGAAAAUUGGCACAGUUCUACAAUCAUUUGUUUGUUUGGAGGAAGGAAGUGCGCGAAGUGAUAGAAUAAAUAAAC